AUGGUGGUGAGCAAGAAUAAGCACCUCACCAAAGGCAGCAAAAAAGGAGCCAAGAAGAAAGUGGCUGAUCCAUUUUCGAAGAAGGAUUUGUAUGAUAGAAAAGCACCAGCUAUGUUCAACAUUCGUAAUAUUGGCAAAACACUGGUUACAAGGACUCAAGGAACAGAAAUUGCCUCUGAUGGUCUCAAAGAUUGA